AUGGCUACUCGGAAAUGCGCGGCGGUCGUUGUAGGAGCUGGUCCAGCUGGAGUUGCCGUCAUGGGAAACUUGUUGGAGCGUCAGCUCGGUACAAUCACAUGGAUUGAUCCUUCUUUUGAGGCCGGGAGAGUCCACAGCAAGUAUCGCGAAGUUCCCAGCAACACCAAGGUCUCAUUAUUCCAAGCAUUCGCAAAAGCCACACAACCUUUCCAGAAAGUGAUCGAUAACACAAAAUCACCUAAUGCAUUCACCAAAUUGGCCAAACUCGAUCAAGAAUCUACCUGCACCCUUGGCUUCGCAGCGGAUAUGGUUCGUAGCCUGACAGACGGUCUUAUGAAGAUGGAGGAAGUAUAUGCAUGCCAUGGCUUUGUCAAAUCAGCCAACCUCAACGAAACGACCUCCAACUGGACAGUUUGCAUCAAACAGAAUUCAAGCGAAGAUCUUGAGACCGUUGAGACUACCCGCCUGAUCCUCUGCACAGGCUCCUUCCCCACAACGGCCCCCAUCCCCGUCCCGGGACUGGCCAUCCACCGCUUGGACCUCGACGUGGUCCUCAAGCCCACCGAGCUAGCAGAAACAAUCCCCUCAGACAGACCUAUCUCCGUCGCCAUCGUCGGCGCAUCUCACAGCGCCAUUCUCGCCAUCCUAAACCUCACCAAUCUCGCCCAAACCUCCCACCCUCUGCUACGCAUUACGUGGUUCACCCGCCAUCCCCUCCGCUACGCAGAGUAUAAGGACGGCUGGAUACUUCGCGACAACACCGGUCUCAAGGGCUUGGCUGCGGACUUUGCUCGCUCCGAGCUAGAAGACGAGAAGCUCGCUACUUCGCGCGCUGGCCAGGUGCUGACCAAGAUUGACUGCGCCGGUGGCCAAGAGAUCGAGUCUGCUCAGUACCACAAGUACUUGCCCGCAUGUGACUAUCUUGUCCAGGCGGUUGGGUAUACCCGUACCUCGCUCCCUGAGCUCUCAAAAAACGGUGCGCCUCUUCUUAUGAGCUUCGAUCAUGAUAGUGGCACUUUCCACGAGCCCGGUCGUUCGUCCGUUAUUCCUGGACUGUUCGGUGCCGGCAUUGCGUUCCCUGAGCGUGUCGUGGACCCACAUGGCAAUCAGGAGUAUGCGGUUGGGUUCUGGAAGUUCAUGAAGUUCCUGAAACGGGUUGUCCCGUCGUGGGUUGCAUGA